AGGAAACCAGCUGCAGAACUUCCUGAAGGCGGAGAGGGGGCCGCGGGAGCGCGCAGUGCCGGGCUGCUGCCUGCGGCGCUGGGGAGGGGGCGGCAGCGGGACCCUGCCCGCCGCGGCUCGGCCACCAUGACCAGCGCGAUCCUCAGGAGGAACUCCAGCAAGCAGGGCCUGCAGAACCUCAUCAGGCUAACAGCACAGUGGAGYGUGGAAGAUGAGGAGGAGGCGGCGAGAGAGCGGCGGCGGCGGGAGCGGGAGAAGCAGCUGAGAUCCCAGGCGGAAGAGGGCUUGAACRGCUCCGUGUCCUGCUCGGAGAGCGCGGCUCUGGCACAGGAAAACCACUAUGACUUUAAGCCGUCUGGGCCUUCGGAGCUGGAGGAAGAUGAGGGGUUCAGUGACUGGUCCCAGAAGCUGGAGCAGCGCAAGCAGAGGUCUCCAAGACAGUCGUACGAAGAAGAGGACAGUGGUGUGAGGGAAGCUGAAGGCAAACUGGAGCAGAUCCAGCUGGGGCAGGAGAGCCCAGAGAAGAUCCAGGAGGAGAAUAUGGUUAUCAGAGAGGAAGAGAGGGUGUGCCACGAGGAAGAAGAGCCCCAAGAGCAGGAGGAGAGGGAGCAAGCUGAGCAAGAGGAAAAGAAGAGAAGGAGAAAUGAUGGAGAGAAGGAAGAAGAAGCACCAGAGAAACGCCAGAGGGCCCCAAGCCUUGCCAGCCUGGAAGAGGAGGAGCUGGGCUCUGACCAYGCUGCAGUGUGCUCCACAAAGAUCACGGACAGAACUGAGUCRCUGAACCGCUCGAUACAGAAAAGUAACAGCAUAAAGAAGAGUCAGCCUCCCCUGCCCGUGUCCAAGAUUGAUGACAGGCUGGAGCAGUACACACAGGCCAUUGAGACCUCCACAAAGGCUCCAAAAUCUGGCCGGCAGCCCUCUCUUGACCUUCCCAGCAUGAGCAUGAUGGUAGCCAGCACAAAAAGCCUCUGGGAGACCGGGGAGGUCACAGCUCAAUCUGCUGUGAAGCCCUCAGCCUGCAAGGAUAUCGUGGCUGGAGACAUUGUGGGCAAAAGAAGCCUUUGGGAACAGAAGGGCACUCCCAAACCCGAGAGCAGUAUCAAGUCCGUUCCUUCUGGCAAAAAGUAYAAGUUCGUUGCAACAGGCCAUGGCCAGUACAAGAAGGUGUUGAUAGAUGAUGCUGCAGAGCAAUAGUGUAUCUGGAGAACUCAUUAACCAGCUGAGCUUGGUCCUGGCUCAAUGCAACCCUCCACGCCACUAUUUCCUCUGCUCCACAGAAGAUAAUUGAAGGAUGUUUCUCUUCUCCUGACUGCUGUCAGUUGCUUUGGGUACAGCCUGACCCCUCUUGGGGUAUGUGCAAUGCCCCACACUGCCUCUUGAUGGAUGAAAGGAACUAGAUCAGCUGGCAAAACUCAUCCCUGUUUAAACUUUCUAUGUGACUCUUCGACUUUUUUUUUUU